AUGAGAAUUACGAGCACAUCUUGUAUCUGCCCAGUCCUCGUGUGUCUCUGUUUUAUGCAGAGGUGUUAUGGAACUGCACAUCAUGGCUCCAUCAAGGUGACCAGAAACCAAACCAAACAUAUCGAGGGAGAAACGGAAGUGCACCAUCGUCCCAAACGUGGAUGGGUGUGGAACCAGUUCUUUGUUUUAGAAGAGCACAUGGGACCAGAUCCACAGUAUGUUGGAAAGCUGCACUCCAAUUCUGACAAAGGUGAUGGAUCAGUCAAAUACAUCCUUACUGGAGAAGGGGCUGGGACUAUAUUUAUUAUUGAUGACACUACAGGAGACAUCCAUUCAACCAAAAGCCUAGAUCGAGAGAAGAAGACACACUAUGUGCUACAUGCCCAAGCUAUUGAUAGAAGGACAAACAAGCCGCUUGAGCCUGAAUCGGAGUUUAUUAUCAAAGUCCAAGACAUCAACGACAACGCGCCCAAAUUCACCGAUGGACCAUACAUUGUUACUGUGCCGGAGAUGUCUGAUAUGGGAACCUCAGUCCUUCAGGUGACAGCUACAGAUGCAGAUGACCCCACCUAUGGAAACAGUGCCCGGGUCGUGUACAGUAUUCUUCAGGGACAGCCAUAUUUCUCUGUUGACCCUAAAACAGGAGUCAUCAGGACAGCCUUGCAUAACAUGGACAGGGAAGCCAGAGAACAUUACUCGGUUGUCAUUCAAGCCAAAGAUAUGGCUGGACAGGUCGGAGGGCUAUCAGGAUCAACCACCGUCAAUAUAACACUCACUGAUGUCAACGACAAUCCCCCCAGGUUCCCUCAGAAACAUUAUCAAUUGUAUGUUCCUGAGUCAGCACAAGUUGGCUCAGCAGUGGGGAAAAUUAAGGCCAACGACGCAGACACUGGGUCAAAUGCUGAUAUGAAAUACACAAUUAUAAAUGGGGACGGCUCUGGAGUCUUUUCCAUAUCAACUGACAAAGACACACGAGAAGGAAUUAUCUCCCUGAAGAAGCCACUCAACUAUGAAAAAAAGAAAUCCUAUACUCUUAAUAUAGAAGGAGCAAAUACCCACCUCGAUUUCCGCUUCUCACACUUAGGACCUUUUAAAGAUGUAACUAUGUUGAAGAUUAUUGUUGGGGAUGUGGAUGAGCCUCCGAUAUUCACUUUGCCUUCCUAUGUCAUGGAUGUUUAUGAGAAUGCCAAGAUUGGGACUAUUGUGGGCACAGUGACAGCACAAGAUCCAGACAGUGCUAACAACGCUAUAAGAUAUUUUAUUGAUCACCAUAUGGAAGAAGAUAGAUAUUUCACCAUUGACACCAACACGGGAACUGUUAAGACCGCCAAGGUUUUUGACAGAGAAGAAACCCCUUGGUACAAUAUCACAGUCACCGCUUCUGAAAUUGACAGUCCUGGCUUACUGAGCCAUGUCCCUGUUGGAAUUAAAAUCCUUGAUGUCAAUGACAACCCUCCAGAGCUUGCCGGAGACUAUGACGUGGUUGUCUGCGAGAAUGCAAAGCCUGGGCAGGUUAUUCAGACCAUCAGUGCCACUGACAGAGACGACUUUGCCAAUGGACAGAGAUUCCAUUUUUCUCUGGAUGACAGUCUUUCUUUCAAUCCCAACUUUACGUUAAAGGACAACGGAGAUAACACAGCCAGUAUCUUGACCCGACGAAGGAGAUUUAGUCGGACUACCCAGGAUGUAUAUUACCUCCCUGUUGUGAUCUCUGAUGGGGGGAUCCCGUCUCUCAGCAGCAGUACCACCCUAGUCAUUCGUGUGUGUGCGUGUGAAAGAGAUGGGCGUGUGCGGACCUGCAAUGCUGAAGCAUUCCUUUCCUCUGCAGGACUCAGUACGGGAGCCUUAAUUGCUAUCCUGCUGUGUGUCGUCAUUCUCCUGGUGAUAGUCGUACUUUUCAUCACACUAAGACGCAGCAAAAAGGAGCCUCUGAUCAUUUCAGAAGAGGAUGUUCGGGAAAAUGUUGUCACCUAUGAUGACGAGGGAGGCGGUGAGGAGGACACUGAGGCUUUUGACAUUACUGCUCUGCGGAACCCUUCAGCAGCUGAAGAACUGAAGUAUCGGAGGGAUGUUCGGCCUGAAGUGAAGCCCACACCCAAGCACCCCACUUCAUCCAGACUUGAUAGCAUAGAUGUUCAGGAAUUUAUUAAACAAAGACUGGCGGAAGCGGAUCUAGAUCCUAGUGUACCGCCAUAUGAUUCUCUACAGACAUAUGCGUAUGAGGGUCAAAGGUCAGAAGCUGGAUCUAUCAGCUCUUUGGAUUCAGCCACUACACAUUCUGACCAGGAUUAUAAUUACCUUGGUGACUGGGGACCAGAGUUUAAGAAGCUAGCUGAACUUUAUGGAGAAAUAGAAUCUGAAAGAACAACUUAAUUAAUUAUUCCCCAGAUAAGGAACAUUUUAGUUCCCUCAAGUGACUUGGAGACAUAAAUGACAACAGUGAUUUAAAAAGAUAGAGAGAAAUAUAUAUAUAUGAAUACAGUACUUGGAACAAACUGAGCAGGUUGCACACAGUUACUGUAGAAAAAGUGCCCUUUUCACAUUUGGAAUGGGGUUCUUCAAUUGGAAGAAAGUCAAAUUUUGGAAAAAAAAAUAUACCCCAGAAAGAAGAUUGUCCCUUUGUGUAUAUUUUUAAUGCUCAAUAAAGUCCGUGGUGCAGUAUCAGUAAAGAUACCUUAAGUAAACCAAGCAAUGGCCAAUAUUAUUGCAAUAUCCCUAAAUAUACCAGAGCUACAGUGAGCUUACAGGGGUGCCUGUUCACAUGAAGAACUCGAUCUUAUUGGGAUGGUUGUGGAAUUAUUUGUCUAGCUCUGUUUAAAGUUUAAAGUAAUCAUUGCAAGGGUCAUUUACUUUUCUUUCACUAAAUCUCAGAAACCCUAUUUUCUUUUCCAGGAAUGUGCAUUGGAAUUAUCUUGUCAAGUGCCAUAUUGGUGUCUGCCCUUGCUAACAUUCAGCUGAAUUGUACUUAAACACCAGAAUCUCUUGUGGAAUGUAACAUUUCACUGGGCCAAACAUAAAUCUUUCCAUACAUGAAGGAGGUAAUGAAGCACAUGUUAAUUUGCAGUUUAUGGAAAUAGGCUUCUAAUCACCCGUCACUCCGAAUUUGGAAGUUACUGGUUGGCAUUGAAACUGUUGCUUCUGUUCCAGAGUUACUAUGUUGGAUACAAAUUUUAGCCAAAAAGGGAGACGAGUUACUACUUUUCUGCAGUGAAGUAGAAGUGGAUAAGGCUGCUUUUAAAAAGCCAUUAUUCCAUUAUGUGUUUGGCUAUGCAACAGCUUGGAUUGCCUGGUCUGCACUGGGACAGGAAUGUAGAUAAGAGGUAACCAAUGACGGACUGCUCUAAAUCUCAAAAUGAAAUGGUCACAUGAUUGGGUGUUAAAGGGUUGGAUCCGCCAGCUAUGUUCCCCAAUCUCACUUAAUUCCCUUCCUUACUCCAGCCUCCAUCAUACAUGGCGUUCAUCCAUGCUGGUCCAAUGAUUCCCUGCACAGGCUUUUUCAUUUUUGGAAGGGACCGCCUCCUCCCUUUGUCGUGAUUGGAUCCAACCCAUUAUCAUUUCCAUAUUUUAACACAAGAGAACACAAAUGAUGCGAAGUGGAUUGGGCAAUUCCAGUGUAAUAUUCAGUGAAGGAUCUGAAGGGAUAUAAUCCUCAUAUCUGAAGCUAAGAAGAUAUGGGUCAUUUGGCAAACAAUCCAACAUUCAACACUAGUACAAGACAAGAUUCCAAUGCCACAAAGAAGAGCUAUAAAAGAACUUCAUUUUACUCAGCCUUUCUGAUGAAAGUUUUAGAACACCUAUUGUUAGUUUGGCAACACCCAGCAUGUUUCGAGGGGACGUGCCUGUGUUUUAUGUCCAGUUAUUUUAAUUAAUAGAUAAGUGUAUAUAAGAGGUGUUCUGUUAUAGUUUGUCAUAUGUAUAUUUUAUAUUACUUCGAUUGUAUUUUAAGCCAGCAUUAUAUUCAUGAAGAAGUUUUGAUCCUUCAAAAC